CGAGAAUGCUCAGCAACAGAAAGCUACGUGAACCCGUGACUGCUUUGCUGUAUUUGUCGUAUCGCCUGUUCUUCGCGACCCGCCGAGCUUUGCUUGUCGUGAGUCACUGUUCUGUGAUUCCACCUCUUGUUAGGCAGGCCUGACAGUCGCACUCUUGGUAUUGCUUGAUUGGCUUCCUCUGUACUGAGCCUCCGCCGAUAAUAUCCGGACUGCGGCUACGAACACAGUUAUUAAGAUCUCCACCUUGAACCAAGAUGCCAGUGCGAGAGGCUGUUAACAACGAACUUCUGCCAGUGUCGCAUAUGCUGGCCAGAGCAUUCAUAGACCGACCAAAGCUGGGCGAGUUUCUGCACCCAUAUAGGGAUAAGUACCCAAAUGACAUGUACUUGUACUUCUUACGAAAGCUACGAGAAGCCUAUGCGCGUGGUCCAGUGGACAAUCUUAUCCUGGUCUCAUUCGAGGAUGAUGAGAAGGGAACAAUCACUGGUACGGCGCUUUGGCACCGCAAGCGCUCAAAACCUGUGCCACGUACCCUGACCACUGCCGCUUAUACACGUGCUACGGACUAUUACAACUAUGUCGAGUCCUUCUUGUGGCCUAACAGAGCCAUUGAGCCGUCAAGCGAGAAGCAAAUCAACCAGCUGCAUGCUAUCGCAGACGGCCAGCAUACCGGAAGCAGAGCGGAUGUUUGGCACCUAGAUCUGCUGGCUGUUGAUCCGGCGUGCGGUGGCAAAGGAUAUGGACGUGACCUCGUGGCGUGGGGCUUCACGCAAGCGAAGAAGGAUGGUGUGGGGUGCAGUGUUAUUGCUGGGCCCGGGAGGAAUACGUUCUACCGAAAUUGUGGGUUUGAACAUGAAGUAGAUUAUGUAGAUGGAGGGUGUAUGCCUUCAUCCUCAGCGGCAGGAAGAAUCUCGGAUGGUGGCACGUUGAUGUUUUGGGACAAUGUGGAAUCCUGACGCUUGCGAUUCCAUGCCCGGCGUAAGUAGGACUCGGCUCCCCGAACCUCCAACUCCAAUAAUGACGGAACUCGACAGAUUUGCUGAAGCAUUCGUGCUUGAAGUCACUUUCGUCCUUGACUGGUACCGGUUCGCCGUGUUGUGCGUACCGGGAAACAGAGGCCGACCGGGACUUCGUUGCCUGCCGACCUCGUGCUUCCUUGGCAUUGGAAGAGACGUUGCUGUGCAAUUUCCUUCAUCACCUCCCAACCAGUGAUCUUCUGCAUUGUUCGGUUCAUGUUUGAGUGGCCGCAUCAACGAGGUCCCGCAGCCGGACCCUGUAUGGUUCUCAGAAUCGAC